AUGGGAACACUUCUCUUUUUCGGAGUUGUAGCUCUAGCCUACGCUCAGCCUAAGCUUGAUUGCCCUAAAGAUGGACACCAUUACCUAGUGCCAGAUCAGACUGACUGCUCCAGAUAUCACCCUUGCUUUCACGGAAGAAAACUGAAGGCGCCGAUGCAAUGCCCUCCGAACACAUUGUUCUCGUUUGAACAGCAAGCCUGCGAGCUUGCUGAGCUGGUGAAAUGUAAAGUUGGCCCCAUCGCCAUAGAAGCCUUCUCAUGCUGCAAUAGCCGUAGCGGGAAAUGUGUCUGUGGACCAGCACCAGAGGAAGAAGAUGUCGUAGUCGAAGAAAGCGAAGAAGAAAAGGAUGAGGGUGAAGUGGUGUGGCUUCCAAACGGCUGUCCAGACCCUAGGAAUCGCACGGUUGAUAAACUCCUGCCUCAUCCCAGUUGCAAUAUGUUCUAUCAGUGUGACAACGGCGAGCUGGUUGAAAGGUUUUGUCCUAACAAUACCCACUUCAACUAUGAAAUUCAGCGUUGUGAAUGGGCACAUUUAUCCAAUUGCACAACUGGUGAAACACCCCACCCAGCGCCUGGGCCAUCUCCUGGUGACAAUGGUAACAACAACUGCAACGGCGGUCUCUGCCCUGAAGGAGAGAUCGAGCUGCUCCCCAAUGGAUGCCCCAAGAACUACUCCUAUGAAAUGCUCCUUCCCCAUCCUAAUUGCGAGAAAUUCUACCAGUGCGUGCAUGGUAAUCUCGUAGAGAUGCCAUGCGCUGCAGGCACUCACUUCAGCUUUGAGCUUCAGCGAUGUGAGUGGCCACACAUAGCCAAUUGCACGCCCGGCACUCCUGAAGGUGAAGAUGAUGAUUGCGAAUGUGAUAAUGAGGAUGAAUGUGACAAUCCUGGUGGAGCAGAGGGUCCCGAUAAUGGUGGUGGUGGUGGUGAUGGAGGUGGUGGUGAUGGAGGUGGUGAUGGAGGUGAUGGUGAUGGUGGCAGUGGAGAUGGUGGUGGUGGUGGAGGAGAAGAAGACUGCGAUUGCGGCCCAAAUGAACCUGUAGAUAACGACAAAAGAUGCAAAGAGGACUGCCACGUGCCGUUCUGGAAACACGAGACUGAUUGCGACAAGUUCUGGAGGUGUGUAGGCGACAAGGCGGUGGUGGGAGUCUGCACUGAGGGUCUCUUCUUCAACGAGAAGAAGCAGUCGUGCGACUUCUCGUGUAACGUUGAUUGCGAGAGGAAAGUAGUGCAGUCUACGCCACAGAUGGAUGGGCUAAAGAUUUUCCUUCCAUGGAGCGAGAUUAAUACCCUGGUCGAGCUAAGCUACGCGCCAAAUAUCAAUAACAUCAUCACUAAGCACAUAAAGAAAGCAAAACAGACUCGCAAUAAGAAGUGA